CCCCGCGCGCCACUGCGGCCACCGCGCGCUCACUCCCGGGGGAGCGCUCCCUGCUUCGGCUGCGCCAGUAGCAGAGCGGAGGCAGAGCCGGCUGCGCCCCCUCCCCGCAGCGGCCCCUCCCCCUCCAGCCCGCUCUCCUUUGUGCUGCUCUCGCUCCUCCUGCCUCCCCCAGCUCUGCGCCCCAAGGACUGAGGCUGCGUCAAGGCGGAGGAGCGAGGCCGCCGGAGCCGCCACAUCCCUGCCGCGGUCGCGAAGGGGACUGAGGAGCAAGCCCAGCCAAGGAGCUGCCGGGCCGCCUCCCCCGGGCUCCCCAGGUCCCUCGCUCCUCCUCCGCCAUUGCGGCGUGGCUGCGAGCUGGGAGAAGCCGCGCUCCAUCCUCGGGGGGACCGCCUUUCUCUCGCCAAGAUGGUGAAACUGGGCAAUAAUUUCGCUGAGAAAAGCACAAAGCAGGCCCUGCUGGAGGAUGGCUUCGACACCAUCCCCCUGAUGACACCCUUGGAUGUCAAUCAGCUGCAGUUCCCUCCUCCAGACAAGGUGGUGGUCAAAACCAAAACCGAGUAUGAGCCGGAUCGGAAGAAAGGGAAAUUCCGCACUCCCAAGAUAGCCGAGUUCACCAUCAGCAUCACGGAAGGCGUUUCUGAGCGAUUUAAGGUGACUGUCCUGGUCCUGUUCGCCUUGGCGUUCCUGACCUGCGUGGUUUUUCUGGUGGUCUACAAGGUGUACAAGUAUGAUCACACUUGUCCAGAAGGAUUUGUUUUUAAGAACAAUCAGUGCAUCCCGGCAGGGCUGGAGAACUACUACUCGGAGCAGGACUCCAACGCCCGGGGGAAGUUCUACACGGUCAUCAACCACUACAACUUGGCCAAGCAGACCAUCACGCGCUCGGUCUCCCCGUGGAUGUCGGUGCUGUCGGAGGAGAAGCUGUCCGAGCAGGAGACGGAGGCCGCCGAGAAAUCGGCCUAGUGGCCCGGGCCCCUUCUCCAUGCCGUGUCCCCAGAAGGUAACCACGGGACUUGGAGGCACAUCUCAUUAAUUAUGGAUAAUGUAGAGGUUACUCAUUUAUGGUGCAACUGCUUCUGUUUGCUGAUGCUGCUUUGCAAAUACAACUUGCUGCAGAACACUCCCGGGCAUAAACCCAUCGCUUCAAGAGCCCGGAGGCCAUUCCCCGUUAAGAAAUCUUCAGUUAGCUAACCCUCCGCAGCUGGGAUGCGCUGGAUGUCGUCACCCUGACUCGUUGGGGUUCGGGAUGCGGCUAAAUCCUGCGUUUUCCUUGUCUGAACGCUAGCUGUAUUUUUAGUCCCCUCGCUGUUUUGCAAACUGAACACACAACCAUAACUAGAGUGAUCUCUCUUCUUCAGCUCCGAGGGAGCUGAGCUGCUUCUCUCCGCUCAAAUUCAGUGCUAGUAGCGCCGACCCCUAGUCACCGGCAGCACCUGGCUUAGAGACCUAAGGGUGGAAAACCCUCAGGUCCCAUUUAUGGCGUUUCCUUCCCCACCGUUGACUCCUAAGACAGGCCGGGGUUCUUGCCAUGUUCGCUGCGGUUUUCUUCUCCAACAGAACCUCCCUGCAUUUCCUCAGUGGUUGGGCACCUUGGUAAAAAGGUGAAGGGAAACCCAGAGGUGAAUACUACUAAAAAGCAUGAAUACAUUUCAUUAGGAGUCUACCUGGAUGGUGCAACUGCAUUUGGGAGAUGAAGGGUGUUCUGUUCAGAAAUGGCCUCCUGGACAGUGAGAACCCAUGGUUUUUGGUUUUUUUGUAGAUAGUCCACUCUGUAAUUUAUCUGAUAGGAAAAGAAGUCUUCACGCUGGUUCAUUUUUAUAUUCCAUUACAAAUGGAUCUGCACUGCUCUUACUGCUUGCAAGUUAAAUAGGGAACACUACAAGGGUUGGGAGUGGGUUGGGGAGGGAGAUGCAACAAUGUGCUGACUGUUUUAAUCUAAGUUUUCUGAAUUACAAAAACUGAGACCAGUUAUCAUAACCCCCAGAUAUACAGAACAGGUUAAAGAGAACAUAGAGACCAGUGUUGUAUCUGUAAGUUCAAUUAGGAAAUUUCAUUUCACAAUCUCUGUAAAGAAAUCGUAUUUCAAUUUUAUUCUGGACAUCAAAUAUACGUUUACAAAAUUGCCAGUUAAACAAAAUAUGUGUGUAAAACAAUUAAAUAUAAAAAAGAUA